GACCUGCAAUGUGUUCAUUAUCUUGUCUUCUAGUUAUACAAGUGCAAAGCAAUGAAGGUUCAAGCUCUGAUAAUUCUUUUCGUAGUGCAGGUUUCUUCUAUGACAACAAAAGAACCAAUUGAAAAUGAGAGGUUCAGAUUCAGAUAUGAUCCACAAUCGAUGAUACUGAUGGCAGUUAACCAUCACAAAUGUUAUCUUUACGCAACAUCCGGUUCCGAGUCUACAGAUGUUCAUACCACUACUGGACUUCAUCUUUUGGAGUUGAAGAUAAUUACUCUAAUUGACGACGAUACAGCGAUGUAUACUUCUAUUACUCACGAUGCUUUAAAAGCGGAGAGCACACUACUUGGUCAUGUCUGUCGUAAUCCCAAUAACACAAUAUACCAACUGAAUGUAUCUGGGUCAUAAGCAUAUUUGUUUGCAUUAAAUUAUGUCACAUCU